UCAAGAACUUCAUUAUUUUAACCAUAUCAUAUUGACAAAAAUCAAAAAUUUACAUCUAUUCAAAGUUUUAUGUGAUUUUAUUGAAUGUCUUUGAUUCAACAGUAAUAUUACAUCUAUCAUAUUUAUAUUAUCAAUCAGAAAAGAAAGAUAAUAGCAUAAUAAGACUAGCCUAAUCUAAAAUUAAUAUUAAAUAAUCAUGGAUCUCGAUGCGACUGCAGUAACCGCAAUACAAUCAAAUACGAUUACGCUUGGUAUUGGAGGAAUAGGUAUCGUGCCAUUCCUAAUAGCUGCUUUAAGUUAUUUUAAUUAUUAUCUAAUGGAUCCCGAAAAUCAACCUCGAGUCACGAAAAAUUUAUUGAAGGAAUACGAUUUCGUAAUAAUUGGUGGUGGUUCAGCUGGUAGUAUUAUAGUUAACCGAUUAACGGAGAAUCCAGAAUGGAGUGCACUUCUUUUAGAAGCAGGUGGUCAUGAAACCGAGAUUACUGACGUACCAAUUUUGUCACUUUAUUUACACAAAAGUAAAUUGGAUUGGAAGUAUAGGCCUCAACCACAAGAUAGUGCCUGCCAAGCAAUGUAUGAUCAUCGUAGUUGUUGGACUCGAGGAAAAGUGUUAGGUGGUUCAAGCGUACUUAACACCAUGCUCUAUGUUCGUGGAAAUCGUCGUGACUAUGAUCAAUGGGAAAGUUUUGGGAAUACUGGCUGGGGAUACGAUGAUGUACUUCCAUAUUUUAAAAAGUCAGAGGACCAAAGAAAUCCCUAUUUGGCAAAAAACACUAAAUAUCACAGUAUAGGCGGUUAUUUAACCGUACAAGAUGCUCCGUAUAAUACACCUCUGGGUCCAGCAUUUCUGCAAGCUGCAGAAGAAAUGGGUUAUGACAUCGUUGAUAUAAAUGCCGAUCAACAAACGGGUUUCGCAUUUUUUCAAUAUACAAUGCGUAGAGGUACUAGAUGCAGUGCAGCCAAGGCAUUCAUACGACCUAUUCAAUUACGACCAAAUUUUCAUUUAUCAUUAUGGAGCCAUGUUACGCGUGUUCUUAUAGACCCAAGUACCAAAAGAGCUUAUGGCGUAGAAUUUAUUAGAAAUGGUCGUAUCGAAACUGUAUUCGCGAAAAAAGAAGUUAUACUUUCAGCAGGUGCCAUAAAUACUCCUCAAUUGUUGAUGUUAUCUGGUAUCGGACCUAGGAAUCAUCUCGAAAGUCUUGGUAUUCCAGUUAUUCAAGAUUCACCUGGCGUCGGACAAAAUCUUCAAGAUCAUAUAGCCAUUGGUGGUUUAGUUUUCCUUAUUGAUUACGAGAUCAGUUUGGUUUUUUCUCGUUUAGUGAAUUUAAAUAGUGCAUUAAGAUAUGCAAUUACCGAAAAUGGUCCUUUAACCUCAAGCGUUGGUCUUGAAGUAGUUGGCUUUAUAUCAACUAAAUAUGCCAAUCAAACGGAUGAUUGGCCCGAUAUAGAGUUUAUGAUUGCUUCAAGCUCGGUUAAUAGCGGUGGGAGCCAAGUGAAACAUGCUCAUGGUAUAACAGACGAAUUUUACAAUGAAGUUUUUGGAGAGGUUACUAAUCGUGAUGCUUUCGGCAUCUAUCCAAUGAUGCUAAGACCUAAAUCUCGUGGUUAUAUCAAAUUAAAAUCGAAAGAUCCACUUGAUUAUCCGUUGAUGUAUCACAAUUAUUUGACGCAUCCCGAUGACGUGAAUGUUAUGCGAGAAGGAGUCAAAGCGGCAAUGGCAUUUACUGAAACAAAUAGCCUCAAGAGAUUUGGAUCAAGAUUUAAUAGUAAACCACUACCAAAUUGUAAACAUAUUCCAAUGUUCACGGAUGAGUAUUGGGAAUGUGCUAUUCGUCAAUACACAAUGACAAUUUAUCACAUGAGCUGUACUGCAAAAAUGGGCCCACGAUCCGAUCCAAUGGCUGUCGUAGAUCCAUCGUUAAGAGUAUAUGGUGUUGAGGGGCUUCGCGUAAUCGAUGCUUCAAUCAUGCCCACCAUAACUAAUGGAAAUAUCAAUGCACCUGUGAUGAUGAUUGCUGAGAAGGGCUCAGAUCUCAUUAAAAAGGAUUGGACGUCCAGUAAAUUGGGAAGCAAUGCGACUAUCGCAACUACUUUCAAUUAAUAUUAGACAAUUUAGAUAGUUCAUCAAAUAAUCAUAAAAUACAUAUUUUUAUUAUUGCGAUCUUUAAAAUUAUUACACAAAAAUAGAUAGAAAGUUCUAAAGACUUGAUUUUUUUAAGGUUUAUGUUUCCUAUUCUCUUUGUUCUAUAGU